GAGACCCACCCGGGCAUCGUGAGGAUGAAAGCCCUGGCCCGUAGUUAUGUGUGGUGGCCGGGCAUGGAUGAGGAGAUAGAGGGGUGGGUGAGGAGGUGCCAACCCUGCCAAGAAUCCCGGCCCGAUCCCCCAUCAGCCCCGGUCCACAGAUGGGAGUCUAACAGGCGACCAUGGUCCCGCCUCCACUUAGAUUUUGCAGGCCCGUAUCAGGGCCAAAUCUUUUUUAUACUUGUGGAUGCCUACACAAAAUGGCUGGAGGUGAUUCCAGUAGCCUCGACCUCCACAGCAGCAGCCGUCCGGGCACUCAGGAGGGUCCUAUGCACGCACGGGAUCCCAGACACCCUGGUGACGGAUAACGGUACUGCAUUCACCUCCCGGGAAUUCCGGGAGUUCACGGAGAGGUACCUCAUACGACACAUAAGAUCCGCACCCUUCCAUCCGGCCACCAACGGCCAAGCAGAGCGGAUGGUGCGGACCACCAAGGAAGCACUGGGGAGAAUAGUACAAGGGGAUUGGGACCACCGCCUCUCAGCCUUCCUGUUCCACAACAGGAUCACCCCAAACCCUAUAACGGGAUCCAGCCCCGCAGAACUGCUUAUGGGGAGGAAACUGACAACACGCCUAGACAGGCUGCAC